GGGAGUAUUUACAUCCUUGGGAAUGCAUUACUAUAGUACUUUGGGGUAAUGAGCGUUCAGAAUACAGAUGGUGAAAACUCUGAAUUUGAUUUCUUUCAUAAUAUUUACUUAUGGGAGUUUCUCCUAAGCUUGAGACCUAUAUAUCACAAGGCCCGUGGAAAUUUUAUCUUGGAUUUCUCAUAGGCACUUGUGGGCCAAACCAAACAUAGUUUCUCUCAUGCUUAGGACUUUUCAGUAGGUUCCCGUCACCUACAAAAUGAAGCCAAUACUCGGAUGCUUUGCUUAUCAUAGAAAGAACUAUUGCAAGCAUGUCCCAGCAUGCCUUUCUGCCCACAAUUAUUUUUCCCUUCUUCCUGAAAUUCUCAAUGACUAAUCAUUCUCUUGUGUUGCUGGUAAAAUCUUAUUUAUCCAGGGUACUUUAUGGAUUUUUCUAUUUUUUAUCACUUUCUAUUUUAUAUUUAAAUGAUCUCUUUAUGUGUCCAUCUCUCCCAUGAACAACCUAAGCUGGGAAGGCUUGGGUGGGUCCAUAGUUAUCUUUGUGUUCUUAGUGCUUAGGUCAAUACCUGGUAUAGAGUACAUAACUUUUUUAUUCAAAUGAACCUGUCAGACUCUGAUUGGUUAUAUUCUGAGGCCCUGUCACUAAACAUGGUCAUUUAUCUCAGAAGUUGAAGGUUCCCCUAGAGCCAGCUGCAAAGUUCCCAGAGCACAGCGAGUUAAACAUAGAGUGGGCUGCCCUGAAUUGGCAUCCCCAAAUACAGAGUCCAGGGUUGGAGCAGGAGAAGAACAAUGAAAGCCAGCUGCUCCAGGUACCUGUUACUCUUAUUUCUCCUCACAUGUGAACUGGCCCCAGAAGUUGCUGGAGAAGUUGAAGAGUCCUCAGAUGGUCCUGGUACUGCCCAGGGACCUAUGUGGCUCACAGAUGUCCCAGCUGCCGAGGAAUUCAUCUCUGCUGCUGAGGUGGCCAUCAUAGGCUUCUUCCAGGAUCUAGAAAUACCAGUAGUGUCUGUAUUCCAUAGCAUGGUGCAAAAAUUCCAAGAUGUGUCAUUUGGAAUCAGCAAUAACUCUGAGGUCCUGGCGCACUACAACAUCACCAGGAACUCCAUUUCCCUCUUUCGUCUGGUGGAUAAUGAACAGUUGAAGUUAGAGGGUGAAGAGGUUGAAAACAUGGAAGCUGCCAAAUUAAGCCUUUUCAUUGAGACCAACAGCCUGCGCUUGGUGACAGAAUACAACCCUAUGACUGGGUUUGGCCUAUUUAACACCAUGAUUGAGAUUCAUCUUCUCCUGGUGAUAAGCAAAGCAUCUCCAGAGUAUGCCGAGAAUAUGAACAGAUACCGGAAGGCAGCUAGGCUCUUCCAGGGAAAGAUUCUCUUUGUCCUGGUGGACAGUGGUAUGAAGGAAAAUGAAAAGGUGAUAUCAUUUUUCAAACUAAAGAAGUCUCAGCUGCCAGCUUUGGCAAUUUACCGAACGAUUGACGAUCAGUGGGAUACACUGCCUAUAACUGAAGUUACAGUAGAGCAUGUGAAAAGCUUUUGUGAUGGAUUUCUAGAAGGGAAAUUGUUGAGAGAAAAUCGUACAUCAGAAGAAAAGACUCCAAAAGUGGAACUUUGACUUCUCCUUGGUAUUUCCACUUAUUACCACAUACCUACAUUAUGCUGAACAAAAACAGGCCAUUCAAACCUGAGAGAUACCAAACAACACAUUCACCAGGACUUUAAACCACACAUGUACAGAGAGAGAGAGAGAGAGAGAGAGAGAGAGAGAGAGAGAGAGAGGAUUUAUUCCAUUUUGUUCCUUAAAAAUCUCAUUGACUUUUCUUCUUUCUUUUAAAUUCCCUGUACUCUUUGGCUCCCUAUCUAAUUUGCUAUUGAACAUUCAUACUGUGUAGGCCCACCUAUGGUGGACGGCUUUAGAAAUCCUAUGACACUUGUAUGAAGGAGAGCCAUUCCUAGAGAGAAAUUGUUCCAAUGUAUCAUUAGUACUGAGCUUGCCUACUUCACAUGAUCCACACAACAAAGUUCCCGCUGUUUAGAGGUUGUCUAAGGAUUGAAACUCGACCUUCCUUCAUAAGAGCCCUUCUCUCUCUGACUCAGGGCCAAGAACAAAAAGAUGGUUUUUAAGCACUCUUCUGUGUUUUUGUCAGAUGUUAAAUGAUGUCCCCAAGUUUCUGAAUUUAGCAUAAACAGACCAUGUGAAAACUCUAUGCUUGUUUAGCAUCCCCAAUUCCCCAUGUAAAUCAACAAUCCAUAUAAUAAAUAAAGGCAAUGAUAUUAUAGGAGAAGACUGGCAUCUCUUUGCAGGCCGAACCUCUUGUAAACACCCAGCUGCCCAGCUGAGCCGUGUGUCCCUCACCCUUCAGUGCUCACAGUUUAGCAGCAGGCCAUAAGCCACAUGCGUGUUACUGUUCACUCUGUGUGUGGGAUGGGUGGUGGGUAGAGACCAUCCUGGUAAGAACUGGUACAAAUGUGGCAGAGGAGCUAGGAAGUCAAUUAGGGAGAGAAGGGGGGCACUUGGCGCUGGGCAGGCUGGGGCUCACUGCAGGUGAGGGGUACAGUCCAGCUCCUGGAGCGGAGGGAGAGUUUGGCUGAGUGUCUCUGGCCCACAGGUCAUUACUGUCAACACACAGAUGCUCCACUGUUCCCAGAAGGCCCUUGGCUCUGCAGAAAAGUGCCUAAGUGCUGAAGAACUGAAAAACCACAGAUGUACACCUACAGCCCCGUCCAAGUGAGGAACCCAGGAGUGAAAGGCUUGGUUGUUCCUUUCUGUGGGGAAAACUCCGCAGCCCCUGGGUGGGGAGUCAGCAGCUGGCCGUGGCCUGUGAGUGCAGCCGAGGAUGGCAUGCCUCAGCAACAUGAGAGCCAAGGGCUCUGAGGGGUCAUCUGUCCAUCCCAGGGCUGCAUGAAAUCGCCCCAACAGCCUCUUGCUGGAAGCUGAAAAACAGUCCUAGGAUAGGCGAAUCCCAGAAGGCUGCCUUCAUCCUGUGAGCCAGAGUCUUGACAUUUACAGUCAGAAAUUCUUCCUGAUAGCCCAGCCGAGGUCCUCCGCCAGGCAAGCUGUUUCUUCUUACCAUCUCCAUGGAAAUUCCUAAUGGCUGCCCAGUCCUAUCCCCAAAAGACACUUUCAAUGACUUGCUGCUUGCUCCUAAGCCCUCUAAUCCAGCCUCCUUUUGUCUGGUACUCAUAAGCCAAUUGUUUUAUCAUUUUUUUAACAUUUCCAAGUUAUUUGAUUCAAUAAAUUGUUUUUCUCUCCUC